AUGUCUGUCGACAAGAAAGAUCCACCCAAAAACGACCACAGUGAAGUAGAGUCCAUGGCGUCCAGCCCGGAAGGAGAGGCGCCUCCAAACAACGCCCCGGCCCAAGCCGAGAACCAGCAGCCCAAGCGAAAAGGGGGUCGCAAACCUAUCUAUGCGACAUCUGAGGAGAGAAAGCAGAGGAACCGUCAGGCCCAGGCUGCUUUUCGUGAGCGCAGAACCGAGUACAUCAAGCAGCUCGAGGAGGCCAUCCGCACCCAUGAGCAAAACCUGGCUAACCUCCAGGCUGCCCAUCGCCAUGCUGCCGACGAGUGCCUGAUGUUGCGCUACAAGAACUCGCUUCUUGAGCGGAUUCUGCUGGAAAAGGGUAUUGACGUGCAAGCGGAGCUGCGUGCUAAAACUGGCAGUCCGAAUCUUGGGCCGACUCACAUGCCCCAGAACCUGGUUCAGCCGCCUCCGAUCCAACGUGCUAUCCUGAACCGCCACCAUGCUCGCCGGUCCAACUCCAGCAUCGCCCCGAAACUGGAGCCGGGAGCCAUCUCGCCGCUGCCUCCUCCGGUUCACUCUCACGUCUCGGCACUGUCGCCCAAGAGUCGACACACGCCCUCGUCCCACUCGGCCUCGCCCACGGCGACAACCUCGUUCGGGUCUCAGCAUGCUGCCUCACCAGCAACCUCUGACCACAUGAACGGCUCUGUUCGGCCCUCGAUGGCGCCAGUCAAUGAACAGGAAUAUGAUGCUGCAGCCGACAUGAUGGAUGAAGGUCAGGAGGGUCCUGACACGCCCAACGGCGGCCCUGGACCCUACCCUGGUCAGCCCUACACUGGUGAGCCACAGCCCAUGUCGCUAUCAUCGCCAGUCACGACGGGCCCCCCUGGGACCCAGGUCAUUGCCGGCCAGUCGCCGAUCGACAGCCCUGCUCACACCCAGCAGUCGGCAUAUCCAUCGAUGACGCAGCUGCUCGACCCUGGUUAUGACUUUGAUCCCUUCGGACUCAGUGCCAGCAUGGCUUUCCCCACUCAGUUUUCGUUUGACACCAGCAACAUGCGGUAG